GUUGGCUGUUAUGUAACGACCUUGACUGACGCGUUUGAUCGGGAUACUGCGUUUCGUGUUUUGUCAGCCGAGUCGGCACGCGAUUACAAAGCGUUCCACUGUCUAGAUGUAUCCACGUCUGUCUCGCGAGAACCGAUUGCUCUUGCAACAGUGGGCCAAGGAAGCACAGGAAGCUGAACGUCUAGAAAAGAUGCUUAAGAUCGAAAACGAAGAAAACGCAGCUGCAAAUAAUCUAGCUUUGGCCAUUCAAAGUCGCAACGAAGCUCGAGCAAGUCAGUCUGACAGUUUCUUCGACUCGUUGAUUGACAAAUACGUGAAGAAGGCGGAGAAAACGACGAAAAAGAAAGCCUCGCCCGUGAAAACCGUGAAAACCCCCAAAAGCACGAGAAAAACUAAAAAAAAGGCGUAGAAUAAUAGAAUUUGUAUACGAAUCUCCCUCCACGUUAGCAUAUUCGCGCGAUUUUUAUAACUUCAUCGUUAAUUAGCGAAGAUCGCAUCGCUCUACCGUAUACCUGUUUUUAUGAAACAAAUGGUAAUAUUUAUGUUUUGUAAAUUUUCGACGUGUAACAUCGUUUUUAAAAAAUGUCACGUCGAUUCAAUGGAAUUCUUUGUAAUUACAUGUAGAUAAAUCAUGUUCAAAUAUACAAUUUGAAUACAUAACAUUACUGAUUGCUUAACCGCAAUUAAAACUAACAUAACGCAGAGUGCAUUCGACCCGGAGCACAUAAGUGGUAAAUCUAUAUGAACAAAUAAGUAAAAAAUGUAGAGUGGCGUUUUUUCGUACGAGCCUCCGUUUCUGAAUAAAUCAAUAUUGUAAAA